CACAGACACUGGCGGCCACCAGAAGUUUGAGCCUCUUUGGUAGCAGGAGGCUGGAAGAAAGGGCAGAAGUAGCUCUGGCUGUGAUGGGGAUCUUACUGGGCCUGCUACUCCUGGGGCACCUAACAGUGGACACUUAUGGCCGUCCCAUCCUGGAAGUGCCAGAGAGUGUAACAGGACCUUGGAAAGGGGAUGUGAAUCUUCCCUGCACCUAUGACCCCCUGCAAGGCUACACCCAAGUCUUGGUGAAGUGGCUGGUACAACGUGGCUCAGACCCUGUCACCAUCUUUCUACGUGACUCUUCUGGAGACCAUAUCCAGCAGGCAAAGUACCAGGGCCGCCUGCAUGUGAGCCACAAGGUUCCAGGAGAUGUAUCCCUCCAAUUGAGCACCCUGGAGAUGGAUGACCGGAGCCACUACACGUGUGAAGUUACCUGGCAGACUCCUGAUGGCAACCAAGUCGUGAGAGAUAAGAUUACUGAGCUCCGUGUCCAGAAACUCUCUGUCUCCAAGCCCACAGUGACAACUGGCAGCGGUUAUGGCUUCACGGUGCCCCAGGGAAUGAGGAUUAGCCUUCAAUGCCAGGCUCGGGGUUCUCCUCCCAUCAGUUAUAUUUGGUAUAAGCAACAGACUAAUAACCAGGAACCCAUCAAAGUAGCAACCCUAAGUACCUUACUCUUCAAGCCUGCGGUGGUAGCCGACUCGGGCUCCUAUUUCUGCACUGCCAAGGGCCAGGUUGGCUCUGAGCAGCACAGCGACAUUGUAAAGUUUGUGGUCAAAGACUCCUCAAAGCUACUCAAGACCAAGACUGAGGCACCUACAACCAUGACAUACCCCUUGAAAGCAACAUCUACAGUGAAGCAGUCCUGGGACUGGACCACUGACAUGGAUGGCUACCUUGGAGAGACCAGUGCUGGGCCAGGAAAGAGCCUGCCUGUCUUUGCCAUCAUCCUCAUCAUCUCCUUGUGCUGUAUGGUGGUUUUUACCAUGGCCUAUAUCAUGCUCUGUCGGAAGACAUCCCAACAAGAGCAUGUCUACGAAGCAGCCAGGGCACAUGCCAGAGAGGCCAACGACUCUGGAGAAACCAUGAGGGUGGCCAUCUUCGCAAGUGGCUGCUCCAGUGAUGAGCCAACUUCCCAGAAUCUGGGCAACAACUACUCUGAUGAGCCCUGCAUAGGACAGGAGUACCAGAUCAUCGCCCAGAUCAAUGGCAACUACGCCCGCCUGCUGGACACAGUUCCUCUGGAUUAUGAGUUUCUGGCCACUGAGGGCAAAAGUGUCUGUUAAAAAUGCCCCAUUAGGCCAGGAUCUGCUGACAUAAUUGCCUAGUCAGUCCUUGCCUUCUGCAUGGCCUUCUUCCCUGCUACCUCUCUUCCUGGAUAGCCCAAAGUGUCUGCCUACCAACACUGGAGCCCCUGGGAGUCACUGGCUUUGCCCUGGAAUUUGCCAGAUGCAUCUCAAGUAAGCCAGCUGCUGGAUUCGGCUCUGGGCCCUUCUAGUAUCUCUGCCGGGGGCUUCUGGUACUCCUCUCUAAAUACCAGAGGGAAGAUGCCCAUAGCACUAGGACUUGGUCAUCAUGCCUACAGACACUAUUCAACUUUGGUAUCUUGCCACCAGAAGACCCGAGGGAGGCUCAGCUCUGCCAGCUCAGAGGACCAGCUAUAUCCAGGAUCAUUUCUCUUUCUUCAGGGCCAGACAGCUUUUAAUUGAAAUUGUCAUUUCACAGGCCAGGGUUCAGUUCUGCUCCUCCACUAUAAGUCUAAUGUUCUGACUCUCUCCUGGUGCUCAAUAAAUAUCUAAUCAUAACAGCAA